GAAAAAAAAUUCGAGGAAUGAAGUUACGAGAAGCGAAUACACAUGGCAGAGACUUUGUGUGGUGUUUCACAGUCGUCUCUUCUGCUGCGACCCAAAAUCGGAUUAUUACAUUCUGAUAACCGCGGCAGUAGCAUUUCUUCAAGCGGUGGAGGUCGACGACUACUGCAAUCGAGCCCUUUGAAGUUAAGCAGACAUCAAGGUUUUCAAGCUUCCUUUGGUUUCUCUACAUCCCGUCAAGACUCCAUUUCUGUCGGUGUCGUUUCUGGUCCCACAGCGUCUUCUAACCUUUCCGUGGAUUCUGGAACAAAGGAGGUCGACAUCGAAUUGGAUAGCGGCAGUGGUGGUGGUGGUGGUGGUAGUGCCGGUGACGGUGACGGAGGCGGUAGAGGAGGAGGCGGAGGCGGAGGCGGAGGAGGAAACGAAGGUGAGGGAGAGGACAGAUCAGACGGGAAGAAGAAGAAAAUGGCUUUGUCAAUGUCUCAGAAGUUGACUUUAGGUUAUGCUGCACUCGUUGGAGUGGGUGGACUCAUGGGCUAUUUGAAGAGUGGCAGCCAGAAGUCGUUGUUGUCUGGGGGAUUAUCAGCUGCCAUAUUGUAUUAUGUUUAUACUAAGCUUCCACAAGCCCUGUAUUUGCAUCAUCCAUCGGGUUUGGUCUCUGCUGCACUUCUGUUUGUUAUGGGUUCUCGUUUCAAGUCGUCAGGGAAGAUAUUUCCAGCAGGUGUUGUAUCCCUUGUCUCGCUUGUCAUGACUGGUGGCUACUUGCAUGGAAUCCUGCGCAGCGCUCACUAAGCAGAACGUGCAUGACAGAGUUUCUAAAGCUAUAACUUGAUCGCCUGCUUCAAUCUUAAACUAUCUGGUCUGGAAUUUUGUACUACUGUUUUGGCUUGUAGACCAUAAAUGGUACUUAAGACUUUGUAGAUUCUGGCUUUUGAUGGUUUGAACCUUGCAUGUACUUUCUUAUGAACUUCAGUGAACUUGCUCGUGGAACCUCCUACUAAUUUUAAUUUCCCUUAAGGAAUUAGAAACGGAAAAAUCAUCUAAAGUGAUCUUUUUAUC